AUGGAUUGUAAGCCAGCUAUCACGACUGUCUCCCUUGGGUCAUGCAAAUUCCAUAGCAUCACCACCAAGAUUGACGAAGCCGCCCGAAAUGGAUUCAAGGCGAUUGAACUCUUCAUCGAUGACCUCGAGGCCCUCGCCAAAGAUAUCAGCCCUGCGCCUGCCACCUUGGCCCCUUCCCGUGACUCAAUAUUAGCUGCUGCCCAUCAGAUUCGCCAGCAGUGUGACCGGUUAAACGUUGUCGUUCUCAACCUCCAGCCCCUACGCUUCUACGAGGGCCUAGUUAAUCGCAAAAAGCGCAACCACAUCCUAGACGAGGUGCUUCCCGUAUGGAUGGACGCGCUCAAAAUCCUCGGCGCAGACACUAUUCUAGUCCCCUCGAACUUCCUCCCCGAAGACCCAGCGACCGGGCUGCCUCAGACAGUCGGCGACUUCGACAUAAUCGUCGAGGACCUCCGCGAACUGGCUGCACGAGGCGCCCAACACGAGUCCUCCAUCAAAUUUGCCUACGAGGCACUCGCUUGGGGCACGCACGUGAACACAUGGGAAAAGUCCUGGGAGAUCGUCCAGGCAGUUAAUCGGCCCAAUCUAGGCCUCGCCCUGGAUACGUUCAACAUUGCCGGCGCCAUCUACGCUGAUCCCACCACGGAGGACGGUCGCGUUGCGGACACGGCCGAGACCGAUCUGUCCGCCUCACUGGGGCGUAUGGCCUCUACUUUGGAUGUCAGCAAGCUGUUUAUCGUGCAAAUAGCCGACGGGGAGCGUCUCAGCCAGCCUCUCCACACGGGCCACCCUUUCUAUGUUGCCGACCAGCCCAGUCGACUGAGCUGGUCCCGGAACUGUCGGCUUUUCCUUUGUGAGUCCGACCGUGGUGGUUUCUUGCCUGUCCUCAGCAUACUCAAGGCCAUCCUGGACCUCGGCUGGACGGGGUACCUUGCGUAUGAGGUCUUCUCGCGUUCAUUGGCGGACAGUGAUUACCGGACACCGGCGCGACAUGCGGAGAGGGCAAAGCGAUCCUGGCAGCAGCUAUGCGAUAUUGCAAAGACACAAAGAAGCCAGUCUAAAUCACUGGGUCCCAGUCGCUUUGAAUUACCUGGAAUGGGAUUACUAGAGACCGUGGUGCAUGAGGUAGAGAGGGGGUUGGACAUUCUCGCUUGA